AACCCUGCUACCAGCCAGCGUACUGCCACUGCCACCGCUCCGCUUUCCCGUCGUCUCCCUGUUGCUCUGCUGCACAGCAAUCGUCUCGUUUCAUACAGGGCAGGGAAGUCAGGAGGAAGAUGAUGCAGCAGGAGCCCUGGAACGCCGCCGCCGCCAUGGGGCUCCUCCGCCCGACCAAGUCGGCGCCCUGCUCGCCCAUCAAGCCGCCGCCGGCGACCAUGCUGCGGACUCACUUCCACGUCGCGCACAAGGUGCCGGUCGGCGACACGCCCUACGUGCGAGCCAAGCGCGUCCAGCUGGUGGACAAGGAUCCGGAGAAGGCGAUCGCGCUGUUCUGGAGUGCGAUCAACGCCGGAGACCGCGUUGACAGCGCGCUCAAGGACAUGGCCAUCGUGAUGAAGCAGCAGAACCGCGCCGAGGAGGCCAUCGAGGCCAUCAAGUCGCUGCGCAGCCGAUGCUCCGACCAGGCGCAGGAGUCCCUCGACAACAUCCUCCUCGAUCUCUACAAGGUUCGUGCUCGUACUUCGUCUACCUUAAUUUCUCUGCACGUGCGCUCGAUUCAUGCCUCUGGCUCUGAGACGGUAUUAAAUUUAAAUGCGCAGAGAUGCGGGCGGCUGGACGACCAAAUCUCGCUGCUCAAGCACAAGCUGCAGCUGAUCAACCAGGGCCACGCCUUCAACGGCAAGCGGACCAAAACGGCUCGCUCUCAGGGCCGCAAGUUCCAGGUCACCCUGGAGCAAGAAGCCACCAGGCUCCUUGGUAACCUGGGGUGGGCGCUGAUGCAGAAGGAGAACUACACGGAAGCGGAGGGAGCGUACCGUCGGGCGCUGCUCAUCGGGCCGGACAACAACAAGAUGUGCAAUCUGGGCAUCUGCCUUAUGAAGCAGGCCCGCGUGCUCGAGGCCAAGGAUGUGCUCAAGCAGGUACGCCCCGCGGCGGUUGAUGGUCUGCGCGGCGCCGACUCUCACCUCAAGGCCUACGAGCGAGCGCAGGAGAUGCUGCGGGACCUCGAGACCAAGCUCAUCGGCCGCCCGCCCGCUGACCAGCUCGACACGAACUGGCUCUUCGAUGCGCUGCUGCUGGGAUCGUCCUCAAGCAUCUGGCAGCCGCAGCCGUGCACCGAUCACUUGCUGCCACCUCCUGUUCCGGCUCCAGCCACGGCGCCGCGCGGCCACUUCGCCGAUGAAAACGCCGGUGUGAGCAAGAAGCUGGCGGUGCUCCAGGAGAACAUGCUUAAUGUGGACGCGCAGCCCUUCUACUCUUUGCGGGUGCCGUCGCUUGCAGCCAAGUCACAUAACACGCUGCCUCAGCGGCAACAGCAGCAGAAGCCAGCUCCUGUCCAUGAUCCCCUGGGCAACCUGAAGAGAACACGGUCCGGCAAUUGCAUGGACAAGGCAGGAGCAGUGGUGUUCAAGGAGCAGAGCAUCGACGAGAACAGCGGCAGGAGGAAGUCGCUGUCAGCUGAGGACAGGUGGCCAGAGCUACCCGACCACAGCGCGUUCGAUGAGGCCCUCGUCGCCGUCGUCCUGGCUCCAGUGCUCGACGACGAACCAACAGCUACUGAAGUCAAGCUGCCGGCGAGCUGCGACACGAGCCCAGCGGUGAAGGAAAAGAUCGGCAAGAGGCUGAGGAUCUUCCAGGACAUCACACAGACAGUGAACAGUUUCUGAUUCGUUUUGGUUUUCUUCAAUUUCCUACUCACAAAUUAAUCAGGGAAGGAGAAAGGACUUGUUCUCCUGGGACCUAAAUUAAUCAGGGAUUCGAUUCGAUUUUUAAUUUGAUGCUGAUUUUAAUUUAAUUUAUUAACACACAAAAAUAACAGCUGAUUCGCUUCUUCAGCUUGACACUUUAGAAGCGCGUGCUUCCUUUACCGCAAGAUUCUCCUCGUAAUAGAAGUUGCAUCUUGUUCUAAUUUCAUUUCUUUUGAAAUAACAAAGUUCAUUUGUGUA